GUGUGAGGCUGAUAAAUCAUAGCUCUUGCAUUAUACCUUCCCUUUCUGCCUUUUUUUUUUUUUUUUUUUUUUUCUCCUAACACAGCUUUUAUAGUUGUUUAAGAUCAGAGAAAACACCUGCCAGUUGCUUUUUCUUCAGUUUCGGUCCCUUCUGCUGCUUCGUGCAAGAUGGAGCUAGAAAAUGCAAUGAUCAGCUCCUCGAGCAGUUCUUCAGCAGGCUCCAGAGAGUACAAGGUGGUGAUGCUGGGAGCAGGGGGAGUUGGAAAAAGCGCAAUGACAAUGCAGUUCAUCAGCCAUCGGUUCCCUGACUACCAUGACCCAACUAUAGAGGAUGCCUAUAAAACUCAAGUCAGAAUUGAUGAUGAGCCAGCCUAUUUGGACAUUCUAGACACUGCUGGACAGGCAGAAUUCACAGCCAUGAGGGACCAGUACAUGCGAGGAGGAGAAGGCUUCAUUAUCUGCUACUCCAUCACAGACCGCCAGUCCUUUCAAGAAGCAGCCGAGUUCAAGGAGCUCAUUUAUCGUGUCCGGCACACCUACGACAUCCCCGUGGUGCUGGUGGGGAACAAAAUAGACCUGGAGGAGUUCAGACAGGUCUCAACGGAAGAAGGAAUGAGCUUAGCCAGAGAAUAUUCCUGCUCCUUUUUUGAGACUUCAGCUGCUCUCCGUUUCUACAUUGACGAUGUUUUUCACGGAUUAGUGAGAGAAAUUCGAAGGAAAGAGUCCUCACUGUCCAUGAUAGAGAAGAAGAUAAAGAGGAAGGAUAGUCUGUGGCGGAAACUGAAGGGAUCCCUGAAGAAAAAAAAGGAAAGUACAACCUGA